AAAAUAACAAAGAAAUCGAAAAAAAAGAAGAACCCCAACAAAAACAUCUAAAACUUUGCAUAAAAUAAAGUUUACCUAAGAGGACACAUUCCAGCAUUCGGAGAAAGCAAAAAACCAAAACCACACAUUUAGCAAAAUUUACUCUUUUAUCUAAAGGAAAAAAAACAAAAUCAAAUAAAUUAAUUCAAGCAUAAAUUCAAUUUUAAAAAUUUUAGACAGAAACCGAGAGAGCGGUUAAAGAACAUAAAAACUUGAACAAAACCAAAAAGCAAAUACACUUUUUUUCGCGAUCGUAGUUGAUCUAAAAACCCAAAUAAAGAAACCGAAAUUUCUGCGGCAAAGCAACUUCACACGGGACUUGUGCAAAGCGCAGUCGCAACCUAAAACCUAAAAAAUAAAAUUUAAAACAACAUACACAGCACUAAAUUAUAAGCGAAAAAACCAACCGAGCAGUGAGAUUAAAUACUAAGCGAGCGAUACAAAAAAAAAAACCAUACAAAAAAAUAUAAAUUACUACAAAAAAUAAAAAAUAAAAGAAGAAAAGGAUCUAGGAUCUAGAAUCAAAGCAGCAGGAUGACCAACGCCAUGGAUAUCGUAAAGAACGGCAGUGCCAAUGGCUCUGUGGACGGCAGCAAUGAUGAGUCGCGCACCAAUUUGAUUGUCAACUAUCUGCCGCAAACCAUGACGCAGGAGGAGAUGCGAUCGCUCUUCUCCAGCAUCGGUGAGCUGGAGAGUUGCAAACUGGUGCGUGAUAAAGUCUCAGGUAAUUUGGUCUUGCCAGCAUCGUUGACCGCUCUCAAUCCGGCACUGCAGCAAGGCCAGAGUCUGGGCUAUGGCUUUGUUAACUAUGUGCGGGCCGAGGAUGCUGAGAAGGCUGUGAACACCCUGAACGGUUUGCGUUUGCAGAAUAAGGUUAUUAAAGUAUCAUACGCCCGUCCAAGCUCAGAAUCUAUUAAGGGUGCUAAUUUAUAUGUAUCGGGUCUUCCGAAGAAUCUAUCACAACCAGACUUGGAGGGGAUGUUUGCAUCGUAUGGCAAAAUAAUUACAUCUCGUAUACUCUGUGAUAAUAUUUCCGGUCUAUCGAAGGGCGUGGGCUUUAUACGCUUUGAUCAGCGCAACGAAGCCGAAAGGGCCAUCCAGGAGUUAAAUGGCAAGACCCCGAAGGGUUAUGCCGAGCCGAUUACCGUUAAAUUUGCCAAUAAUCCGAGCAAUAGCGCCAAGGCCCAGAUUGCCCCGCCCCUAACCGCCUACUUAACCCCCCAGGCGGCGGCUGCCACCCGCCGUUUGGCCGGAGCUCUACCCUCCGCCGGACGCAUAAGGUACUCACCACUGGCUGGCGAUUUGUUGGCCAACUCGAUCUUGCCCGGAAAUGCAAUGACCGGAUCCGGAUGGUGUAUAUUCGUUUAUAACCUGGCCCCGGAAACCGAAGAGAACGUACUGUGGCAGCUGUUUGGUCCGUUCGGUGCCGUGCAGUCGGUGAAGGUGAUCCGGGAUCUGCAGACGAGCAAGUGCAAGGGAUUCGGAUUCGUGACCAUGACCAAUUACGAUGAGGCCGUGGUGGCCAUUCAGUCCUUGAACGGCUACACCCUGGGCAACCGAGUGCUUCAGGUCAGCUUUAAGACUAACAAGACCAAGACCACUUAGGCGGCAACUCAAUCCGAUGUAUCCUUAUCCAGGACAAGACCUCUCCAAUACUCGUACUCAAUGAUCUGUAUGAUUUAACAGGAUUAUUAAAAACUAUUCAAAAAAAAAAAUGGAAACUAACUAAUAGACAUUCCUCUAUCCCUGGAUUACUGAUUUGCAUAACAAAAAGGCAUUCAUUAUAGUCAAAAUUGCACAUUAACUAAAAUGAGAAAAAAAAACUAUGCGUUGGGCAGGAAUAGUAAUUUGAUUUUUAUGCUAAAUUAUAAUUGUAAUGAAAUCUUAGUGAAAAUUGAUUUAUUUCAUCUACAUCUAAUAUAAUUUUAUUAAAACUAAAAAAAACAAAGAAAAGCUUGAAUGAGGCAACCCACAAACACAACAAGUUUAGGAAAAAGAAAGCGGGAAAUGAAAUCGAAAAGACAACGGUCUAUAAAUUGACAAAAAGAAUAUUAAUUCAAGGUCAAAAAAAAGGAGAUGAAGGGAAGAAAACCAAAAUAUAAAAAAAUACAUAAUAAUAAUAAAUGAAAAUGAUCUAAGUCGCAAUAUAUAGUAACUAUUUUUUUGAUCACCUUACUUAUAUAUGAUUAUAUUCAAUUAACAAACCAAAGUAUUUAAUGUCUAUUGAUUUAAGCGAAUUAACAAACAAACAAUAUUUAAUCUAUCUUUCUAUCUCAGCUUACCUAAGUACUAAUUAUUAUAAUGAAUAUGCAUAAAAUAUAUUGUAUUGUAUUGUAUUGUAUUUGUGUUUGAUUCAAUUUUUACAUUUACAUUUUACAUUUAAAUUAAAUUAAAUUAAAUUAAUGAAUUAAUUAAACCUAGUUCACUCGAUUAAAGCUCGUAUAUUUAAUUCGAUUCGAUUCGCAUUGAUUUUCACUCAAAAGACGAAACGAAGAAAAAUAUAUAUAUUAAAAGA